AUGGACAGCGGCAACUUGACAAGAUAUGCUAUUGGCGGCAUUGCUUUGAUUGGUGUUGUUUUCGUGGGCAAGGCCAUGAACAAACAAGAAUCCUCGUCAAUAAGACGACCUGAGGAACAACAAGAUACCUUUGAAUCUCAUGUGACACAAGAUGAUGGGAAUGGACUCGUGGAGCUAUCCAAGGAUUGUCUUUGGCAUGUUACCACCAAAUUCAAUGGCAAUGGUCCUCCUUGGAGGCGCAUGAUUAUUUACUGUCCUCCCAAGACUACAUCUUUGCUACUAGUUUCUCCAACAGCCGCACGAGACGACAUUAUGCAACAGAUUGAAGCCUUGGGCAGUGUGGACUAUUUGAUUAUUCCCAAUGCUUAUCAUCGAGCCGAUGCAGCUGUUUACCAUAAAAGGUAUCCAAAGGCCAAGGUGGCAACCUUGCCGGAUUGGGUCCGCAAGAAGGUUUCCGAAAUCGUACCUGUGGAUAUGAAUGUGAGAGAACUUGCCAAUAUCUUUCAUGAUUCGAUCAAGGUGCUUCGGAUAGGUGGCAUGGGGGAUCCUAGUAAAGAAGAGGGCGAUUUUGAAUAUGCCUACGAGUUUCGUUGUUCCGAUCAAACGUUGGCCUUUUAUGUGACGGACGCCCUAUUCAAUUUUCAGGACAAGAGCACGGCGAAUUGGAUUUUUGGUACUCGAGGGAUUGAACAGAUGGACGGAUGUUGUACUCCAGUGAUGGGAAGAAUAUCCAAGUACAUGGCCUUUGAUAAGAAAUUGGUGAAAGAAUUUUACAGUGGAUUGGCCAAACGAGAAAACAUUUCCAUGAUUCUCAUGGCACAUGGAGAUGUCUUUGUCGGAGAUACCCAGAAGCCUUUUCAGGAUAUUGCUGACAAUCUCAAAUAA